UUGUUCUCAUCUUUUUUUCAUGUCUUCCCCCAUUAUUAACCAACACACUCUCAUCAACUUUCUUUGAAAACAAAACUUUAUUAGUUCUUUUGCCAUUUCAUCAUGGAAGGUCUUUGUGCUGAACUACACCAUCACAAGUUUCAUCCUUCACACCAACUCUACAAGAAAUCUCUUCGUGACAUUGACAUUCCACCAAGAAAACUCUUAAACCGACGUUCUACUCUUUCAUCAUCAAUCGAUCACCAUGUUAUUUCUGAUGUGCAGUUUAUGGACUCGCCUAAGUCUGGAGGGUUAGGAGCUGAGUCGGAUACUAUAUUUCAGAAGUUUUUACCGUACAAUAGCUUGGAUGACGAUGACGAUGCUGAUCCAUACUCGUCUGACCAUUUUCGUAUGUACGAGUUUAAAGUAAGGCGAUGUACGCGAAGCAGGAGCCACGAUUGGACUGACUGUCCUUUUGCCCAUCCUGGUGAGAAGGCUCGAAGGAGGGAUCCGAGGAGGUUUCAUUAUUCAGGGACGGUUUGCUCGGAAUUUCGGAAGGGGAAUUGUAGCAGGGGUGAUAAUUGUGAGUUUGCACAUGGGGUGUUUGAAUGUUGGCUUCAUCCAACUAGGUAUAGGACUGAAGCAUGUAAAGAUGGAAAAAAUUGCAAACGAAAGGUUUGUUUCUUUGCACAUACUCCAAGGCAACUUCGUGUUCUUCCACCUAGUUGCUACGAAAGUGGUUCAUCACCGAAGAAUUUGAAUUCCCCUAUUGAGAAGAAGUACCGAAAUUUGAACCAUUGUUGUGUUUUUUGCCAUUCUGUUUCUGCUUCCCCAACUUCUACUUUAAUCGGCAUGUCACAUAUCUCACCCCCUCUCUCUCCAUCCCUCUCACCGCCUCUUUCCCCUGCGAAUCGAAAUCAAUUUUCAUCGCCUAUGCCGCGUUACACCGAUCGUUUUGGGAGCGUUGAAUCGUCAUCCUCUGGAAUGGGUCAGCUUGAUCCAUCUGGGCUGAUGAGUUACAAAGAUGCACUUACUGAAUUGGUUAGCUCAUUGGAAGCUAUGAAUGUGAAUCAUGAACCCAAUUCUUCAGCUGCUUCUCAUUCUCAUUCUGUUAAUUUUGAUGGGAAUUUACCAUGGCUGGAUGUGAAUUUCAACAAUAAUAAUAGUUACGAUGAUCAACAGCAGCAGUUCCUUCUAUCGCCUUCAACUCCAUCUCCAAAUCCAAUUUCUAAUUCGAGAACCAAAUUCUACACAAGGGAAUUUCCAUCUCCUAGUCCUGUUUCGAGCUCCAGUUUCAGCUUUGAAGAAGAAACGAGUAACAACAAUGCUACCAACAGAUACUACAGUGACAAUGGAUUAGGUGGAGGACCAGAUCUUGGGUGGGUCAAUGAUCUCUUGACUUAACAAAGAAAAAAAAAAGUUAUGGAGAGCUCAUGGGCCAUUUAUGGAGCUUUUUGUGGUCCUGCAAACAAUUGAUGAUGAUGAUGAAUGACAAAACAAUUAUUCAGAAUUUGAAAAGGAGGAUGAUGAUGAUGAUGAAGAUUUUUGUACAUACAAGUUCAAGUAAUGUUUAAUUUACUAGCUUUGCUAUAGCACCAUCCAUAUAUAUAUAAUCAACACUUUUGUAUAUAUGAGAUGGAGGACGACGACGAGGAAGAAGAUGUCUCUUUUAUUAUUAUUACUAAUUUGAAAGCUUAUUUAGAUUUUUUUGCCUUAUUUAAUCAAUGUAAGAUUUCUGGGUCUGUCGAUUAUGAAGAUGUAAUUUUCCAUUUCCAUUUCCAUAUUUUGUUGAGGGUGAGAUUUGUGAGUAUUCUGUUAUAUAUUUUAAGUUCAAUGUGAACUAA